AAGCGAAUUUAAAGCAGUAGAAUAGAAGUAACUGGACUCUAAAACAUAAUGAUUACAACGCGUGUAGUGUGGCAAUAAAGGCAAAUAAUACAUUUAGAAAUAUGCCACCACAAAAACUAGCAAAAUACGGCCAUUUGGUAAUUGUUAUUCAUCACUGCGGGUUCAGAAUAACAAAAGAACUGUUUUUAAAAAGAUUAAAGGAAUUAACUCCAGCAGAUUUUGAGUAUAGUCCAUGGACCAUUGAUGAUUUUCUGGAUCAAAACAGGGAAGCUAUUCUUGGCCACAAAUUUGGUAAAGAGCACAAAAAGAAGUUAUUUCCCGGAUUUUCAAGGUCGACAAAUCUAAAACAUUGGGAUCUCAAUACGUAUUGUUUCCUUCUGUGCAACUUCUGCGAUCUAUCCAAACAUAUCCGACACGACAUAGAUGGUAUUAGAACAUUAAGGAACAAGUUAGUUCAUAGAGGUGAGGGAGACAUUCCAGAUCGAAAGUAUCAAGAAUACCUUGAUAGAAUUACUGGGAUAGCAAGUCGAUGUACGGACGUGUUAGGCAAUCCUGAGCUGAAGGCAGAAUUAGAAAAUGUAAUAGGGAGUCCAGAAAAUGUACGAAGUGCUGCUGUAGAAGAAUGCGAGGAUAAAUUGAAACAGUGGCAUCUCGAUGAAUCCAAGUAUGAAGUUAUUGGACGACUAACGUGUGGCGAAGAAAUUUAUGAUUUGAAGAAGAGAGUGCUAGAGAAAAAGAAGAAAUGUAUGGAAGACGGAGGACCUUCGCAGAUGGAUCCACUGACAAUUACUUUAAAGAUAUGUCCUUUCGGAGAAAACAAAAGAGCAGAGGAAAUUCUUACAGCGACACACCAAGACACUACCUCUGGAGCAGCACGUACAGACGAAUAUCUUGUUAUGACAUUAACAGUUGCUCUUGAUCAUAUAAAGGAUGAUGUCCGGCAAACAGGAAUAGAAGUUGAAAGUGAUAAUACCGGUUCAGUAAUGUUUAAUUUUACUUGCUUUUCCGCAAUGUCUUUGAUAUAUCUCGUAGACUACAUUAGUGGUCCGAUCAUGCAAAGACUUCUGCAAGACGUCGCGAAGGCUAUUGAAGAUACGGUAGAUGACGUUGUGACAUUGCAAAUCUGUAUACCCCCAGAGAACUACAAGAAAGUCAUGAAACAAUUGGAAGAUAGAGGCUCGUCUGUAGAAGGUUUUGAACCACAAGCAAUAAAAGGAAAACUUAGUAGAAAGGUGUUCAAUGAUCCAAUAUAUGGCCAGAUAGACCUACAUCCCUUGUGUGUAAGGAUUAUCGACACGCCACAGUUCCAGAUAUUACGGCAUAUCAAGCAACUUGAAACCGUAUAUUUAGUCUACCCUGGUGCCAGUCACAACAGAUUCGAACAUUCCAUCGGAGUUUGCCACUUGGCGGGAAAAUUUUUGAGAGUAUUGAAAGAACGCCAGCCGGCGCUGGAUAUCACAACAAAGGACAUUUUGUGUGUAGAAAUAGCUGCGCUGUGUCAUGAUCUUGGCCAGGGACCAUUCUCCCAUGUCUUUGAACACAAGUUUGUAACAACUGUAAACCCAGAAAUUGAAUGGAAGCAUGAGAAGGCUUCGGUGGAUAUGUUUGAAUACAUGUUGGAAGACAACGGAGGUAAACUUCAUGAGAAUUUCCGACAGAUGAUACCAGGCUUUGAAGAAAGGGAUAUAGAAUUCAUUAAAGAGUUGAUCGGUGUUCCUGAGGACUUGGACGCAGAAGUUUGGCCAUGUAGGGGAAGAAACAAGAACAAAAGCUUUUUAUAUGAGGUAGUUGCCAAUCGUGUGAAUGGAAUCGACGUGGAUAGAUGGGACUACAUUGCCCGCGACAGCUACAUGCUGGGUAUGAAAACUACCUUUGAACACAACAGAUUAAUACAGCACGCAAGAGUUCUCAUGGCAGAAGGGAGGAGGCAAAUCUGUUACAGAGACAAGGCAGCCCAAGACUUGUACGAUAUGUUUUACGCUAGGCUGACAUUAUACAGGAGAGCGUAUCAACACAAGACACACAACAUCAUGGGCAUAAUGACACGGGAUGCCUUACGUGAAGCUAAUGAUCAUAUUUUCUUUGUGGGAAAGAAUGGAAAACGGCGUCGGAUGUCUGACGCUAUUGACGACAUGAAAGCAUAUACAUAUCUGACUGACGGUAUUCUACAAGAAAUACAUCGGUCCUCUAUAAAUGAUUUGGAGAAAUCUAGAGCCAUUAUAAAUAGGAUACUCCAGAGAGAUUUCUAUAAAUGCAUCAUUCAAGCUCAAGUUGAUGUUAAAAAGAACGGCUGGAUAAAGAAGACGGCCGUCCGAGAAAAUUUGUUUAACAAGAUUAACCAGAAAAGGGCAAAAUCUGAACGGGCAGAUUUAUCAGAAAUUCUAGAAAUAGAUGUUGUGAGCUUUGACUACGGAAGUAAGGAAAAAGACCCAGUGGCAAAGGUCUGGUUCUUCAAGAAAGGACAAGAAGAUGAGGCUAUCAGAAUAAACAAAGAACGGGUGUCCUUUGUUCUGCCGGAUACCUUUGCAGAGCAGUAUAUACGCGUGUACUGUAGUGUGACAGAUUCCAAGCUGUUUGAUGUCAUUAAACAAUCGUUCUCAGAAUGGUGCAAGGAGAAUAACAUUUCGCUACCACAGGAUUCAUUUGUUCCUCUCGAAGACUCCUCCGGUAAAUCAUAGAACAGAUCGCCAGACAUUCUGUUUCGUGUUUUUCCCCUUGUCUUAAAGACUUCAAACAUGUGUAGACAUCCAUUAUGUGUGUGUGCGUGCGUGCGUGUGUAUGUGGUUUUAAUGUUCAAGGUUUAGUUUGAUUAAAAAGAUUGAUUUCUUGAUAUAUUAUAUGUAGAAAAAUGUGAAGUUUUAGUUUUUAAAUAACAAAGACUGUUUUAAUACAGUUGUCUGGGUAACGUUUAUUUUAGGACUAAGAGUAAAUAACCAAACUAGAGCGCUACUAUAGUUUAUCUACUGUUUUAGAUUAAGGGCAUAUUAGAAUCGAAAUAAGUUGUAGCAAAACAGUGUAUUAGCACAUUUAUACGCUCGGACGGCAAUACGUCUAAAUAAUUUCACUCGGGCCGACGUAUAAAACCGCCAAUCGUGCAUAAAUAGUGCUAAAACACUCUUUUGCUAUUAACUAUUUAGGAAAGCUGUUUUUACAUUAGGAUUUUGUAAUUGGGUAGCUAAUAUCACAAAUAGCUUGUACAAAAAUGGUUUUGGCUACAUAUGGGAAUUGCAGAAUGUGAAAAAUACAGAGCUUUUUGUUUCAGAAUAUAUCGAAAUACUUAGAUAUCAGUAUAGACAAGGUUGAAGGUCAAGGUGUAUGUCUAGCAGUAAAUUAUAUCACUAUAUUAACUAUAAAGCUAACUACAGUACUAAGAUGUAUUUAAAGAUGCUUGAUAUAGAAAAAGUUUAGAAGUUGCAUAGUAAGAUUUAGAAGUUCCGGUCAUAAUUUCUCAAUCAAAGAAGGUAGAUACUAUGAUAUUUGUAAAGACUUUCGUCUAUGUCAGUACUGUGAGGGUCACAUUGAUCCGUAUCAUUAUUUUUGUUAUGUCCAUUAUAUUCUGACAUUAGAGAAAUGUUUGCCAAAAACAAGUUUUUUAGGGGUUUCCUUAUAGUUUAAUGUCAAAUUUUGAUGUAAAUAUCAUUCGCAGUUUAGCUAUGUAUUUGACUUACUCUCUGCUGGAAAGGGACGAAUUUAUGUCAAUGUUUGAAAAAAGCAUGAUCUAUAUCUAAUAUUAUUCACUGGUCUUUAGAUAGCACUAAUCAGAAUAUUUGUUACGGGUGUUAUAUAUAUAUAUGCAUUGGAAUUAACUGUGUAAAUAAAUGUCAUUGUAUUUAAUGUGUAACCCUUACUUUACAUAUUGUAUUAUAAUGCUGACUUUGUAUUGCAAUAUACUUGUUAUGGACCGGAGGCCUUAUUGCGCAAUACACUUUGAAACUUGAAUUGAUAUUAAUUGUACCUACAUGCACUCUGGCGCAUAUAUAUAGUAUUGAAAUCGAUACAUACUGUCUUAUUUAAAAUACGUUAAAAAUAAGUAUAUAACAGCUUUAAAAGUACCAGUUCCUGAUAUGACCCCCCAAGCUAUAAGUCGGAAAUUUGGAUGAGAAAAAGUCAUAAAAAUAAAAUAUUGAUUUCUGACGUUGGAUGGCUCUAAUACACUAUGCAUAUUUAUAUUUCUAACAAUAAUAAGUGCUUAAAUUAAAAAAAUUCUGUAACAUGUUGCUUUAAUAUGACUAGCAACAAUUGAUCUACCACGUAAGCCUCGUCUAGUUAAGAGAACGACGAAUUUUUGGAAUAAUUAACAAUAUAAUGGAUCUUGUCUUUCUGACUUCUUACGUAUGGAGUAAAUAGCAAAACGAAUGUUACCGUCCACGAAUCAAACCGAGCCUGCAACAUUUUCGUUUCUGUCGUGCUGAGCGACCUGUGAAGUUUCCACUUUUCUCUAUUUUAACAAAGGUGGAAUAGGUUUAUUUUCUCUAUUCAAUCAAUAUGAGGAAAGGUUUGCCUUUGCAAAACAAGCUAUGCUAGUAUUUCUCAGGGCGCCAUCCCCUUUGACAGUCGCAAUACAAUUUACGCUGUUUUUAAGCAUGCCUACAAAACGUAUACUUAUACAUGUAAAACGUAUACAUGUAUUACAUUGUAACGCAAGCUAACUUGUGUCUUCUGUAGUGAAUAAACAUAGCAUUCAUUAACCCCGUUUUUAGUUAACUUAUUUCAUUACAAACUGGAAUGUUAGUAGAACGCAUACUAAAGUCUAAAGUGAAUGAAAUAUUACCAUGUCCCUACUGGAAGAUGCAUAACUCGACUGCAGUAUGCUCUGUGUAUAAUCAAUAUUGUACUGUGUAUACAAUCAGUUAUAGCACACAACAUUUUGAUUAAAUUUGCAUAUGUAGAAAUCUACAGUUGUUGAUUACUUAUAUAUUACCUAGUGGCAUUUUCAUGUUUUAUAUAAGCCAGUUCCUGUUUUUAUUUCGUUUGUGAACCUAAACUUGA